AUGCCUCCCCGCCGCGUCGUAUCCCGCUCCAACACGCCCGCCGUGUCGACUGCCCCCGUCGACUCUGCAUCGUCGGCAGCACCCCCAGCAGCGUCCACAUCGACUGCGACGCUCGCACAGAGCAUCAAGGGCAAGGCGAAGGAGCAGCAGAGCGGGUUUGUCGGCGCAGUGCAGGACUUGUGGGACAGCUACCUCGAACACACUGCGCCCCGGCUAAAGCUCAUCGAUAGCUUCAUGCUCUUCCUCAUGCUCACCGGCAUCGCGCAGUUCGCCUACUGCUUCGGCAUCACCAACUACCCUUUCAACGCCUUUAUUGGAGGCUUUGCGGCAACAGUCGGCCAGUUCGUCCUCUGCGCGGCGUUGCGGAUCCAGGCGAACCCGGCGAACAAGGAGACUUUCCCUACUCUUUCGCCAGAACGAGCGUUCGGCGACUUCCUCUUCGCAUCGAUGCUGCUGCAUUUCUUCGUCUGGAACUACCUUGGGUGA